UGUGACUGGGGGGAAUUCUCUUGUGAUUCUCAGCCUUAAAAGGCAUGAAGUUACCUUCUUAUCUCUGAUGACCCGAAGCGUGGAAAAUGCACAGAAAAGGGAAGGACGUAAAUAAAUAAAUUCCAUUCCUAUCUGUACGGUGAAGGGCGAGUUGUCUUUGUUCUACGUAGUAACAUUGUAAAAUAUCGCUGUUCUCUGUUCUCCUGUGGGUUCAGUCCUUUUCUGCGCCUGCGCCUUGGCUCCCCAGGGAAUUGACCAGGAAGCUGCAGACGCUGGCAGUCUCCUAGCAACCAGGUCGCCUGGCAAUGAGCGCUCUGGCUGGCAGACACCAGGAGACUACACGCACUAAGUGGUUUCUACGGAGCUCCAAAGCCCCCUAGCAGGUGUGAAAAGAUGGCACACACCCGGAUCUCCAUGUACAUGCCUCCUGACCUCGACCCCACCAAGGCCGCCAUUGCUUAUGGCUGUCGGGCCUUGCCCAAGCUCAAUGAGGAGCUGCAAUCAAAUGAGCUCCUGACAAGGCAGAGAGCCCUUGUGGCUCUGUGUGACCUCAUGCAUGAUCCCGAGUAUGUCUAUGAGGCCAUCAGUAUAGGCUGUCUGAAGAGCCUGAAGGCCUUGCUGAGGGAUGGCAACAACCUGGUACGGAUAAAGACCACUGAGGUGCUGUACAUCAUGGCGACACAUAAUGUGGGCAGAGUUGGCUUCUUAGACCAAGGAGUCAUCGCAGACCUGUCGUUCCUGCUGAACGAUCACCAGGUGGUCUGCAGGGAGAACCUUCACCAGGCGUACAAGCAUCUGGCGCAGCUGCCUGAAGGUGCCCGGGGCAUCGUCAGCAGCGGCUUGAUCCCCUCGCUGGUCUGGAAGCUGCAGACGGAGGACGAAUACAUUCAGGAGCUCAUCCUGGACACCCUGGCCCCGUGCCUGCGGGAGGAUGCCAGCGAGGCCCUUGACAGCCAGGCUGUGCCCUAUUUUAAGGAGAAGCUCCUCAGCGAGUCCCCCCAAAUCCGCAGCAAGGCUGCUCGGGCGCUCAUCGCCAUCAGCGUCCCUUUGGAGGGCAAGAACCAGGUGUGGCAGCAUAAUGUCAUUCCUGUUCUGGUGAAACUGCUGGUAGAUCCUGACGAGGAGGUACAGGCCAAUGUCGCUGGGGCCCUGAUGAACGCAGCAGUGACCACUGAAGGGAAGUAUGCAGCACUUGACGCCAAUGCCGUCGGCCCGCUCAUAGAGUUGCUCUGUUCCAAACCCACGACCAAGGUGAUCCUGAAUGCCACCAAAGCCCUCACUAUGCUGGCCGAAGCCCCCGAGGGCCGCCGGUCACUGCAGGCCCACUUGUCUACUUUCCAGCGCCUCCUGGUGCAUGACAUGGAGGCCAUACAGAGAGCAGCCCAAGUCGCCAUCAAAGUGAUUGAGUGGAAGCCGUGACUCCCUCUGGGGCCGGGGGGCUCCCUCUCUGCCUCAAUAAACGAGUUGAA